UAGACAUCUCCGGAGAUCACUCAUAACCAUUAACCUUGCGUGCCUAUAUCGCCUCUCCUGUCCCUUUCCGAACGGAACCUGAUCGUCGAAUUCCAGCACAAUGUCCAGCACGGCAGUCCCGCGUUCCAUGUUGCGCAGAUUGACUCGCGCAUCGCUACCCUCUGGUUCACAAUCUGCUUCCAGGACCGCCACAAGAUGUCUACACCAAUACGCCUCACCCAUAACCGCUUCGCCUCUUCGAACGAGACCUGGUUCACAGCGAUGGGCUCCGUCGGUAUCAGUAUCAGCAACUUCGGUGCCGCAGAGGACAAUGUUCAUACAAACAGAGCCGACUCCCAAUCCUGACGCUCUCAAAUUCAACCCGAACCAGCGAGUACUUCCUGAAAAUAUCAAAUCGCCCUUCCUCGAGUAUACUUCGCCACGCUCCACACUUGCACCCCCGCAUCCUUCUCCACUCGCCGCGAAAUUGCUCAGUGUCGACGGUGUGACUUCUAUCUUCCUAGGAACGAACUUCAUCACAGUAACCAAGGACAGCGCCACGCCAUGGGCACACGUCAAGCCGGAAGUGUUCUCCAUUAUCAACGAGUUUAUGACAUCCGGACAGACGAUCGUCGGCACCGUUGAGGAUACAGCAGGCGAGAGCGGCCAGGAAGGAACAGAAGUGGACAGCUUGGCGUACGAUGAGAAUGAUGAUGAAGUCGUCGGAAUGAUCAAGGAGCUGCUGGAGACGAGAAUCAGGCCCGCGAUCCAAGAGGAUGGCGGCGACAUUGAGUUCAGGGGUUUCCACGAUGGACAAGUGUUGCUCAGGUUGCGCGGAGCGUGUCGGACGUGCGAUUCGAGUACGGUGACGCUGAAGAAUGGGAUUGAGAGUAUGCUGAUGCACUACAUUGAAGAAGUCAAGGGCGUGCAACAAGUGCUAGACGCAAACGAGGAGCUCAACAACAUUGAGUUUGCCAAGUUCGAGGAGAAGUUGCGCCAGCAGAAGGGCUACGUACCGCCGUCCACGAGUGGGAAGGGGAGUCUGGACACGGUGGAGUGAUUGACUAUUGCCUGCUGGAUCAUUCUUUGUUCGUCUUUAAAAGCUUUGAGCCGCUGUUGUGACGGCGGUGAUGGCAAUGCGACGAUGUGGAUAAAAGGUCAUGGGUUUGUAUUUUCUAACGGAAUAUCCAGGUAUCGCAUGUUUGCUUCCAAUAAUCUGGGAGCUGUAUGAUCACGGCUAGAUAUCAGAGGUACUGAAUCAGGAAUAGAAGGAUCAAAGUAGUCUGUGUAACUCCUUGCGACUUAUUAUCUUAAACGACAAAUUGUUAUGGUUGGG